AUUACACCUGCCUGAAUGGUGAACUUACGUGAUGAUCUCACCUUCUUCAAGUAGUGUAGCACGCCAAGCAGCUCAAUGAUGCCCAGGCCGACCCCAAGACAUGAGUACCUGAACGAAGACGCAGUGCACAGAAGAUUGGAUGCCAGUAGCAAGGCGAUGUCUUAUAAAUACUGGCAGCGUUGUCAGACAAUGUGCUCAUUCCUGCUCAAUCCAACUCCACUGCAUCUGCCGCCAAGAUGAAGUUCUCUCUGGCUUCUCUCGCAUUGCCCGUUGCGGCUAACGCCGCCGCAUUCUCUGCCCAAGAGUAUGCAUCGGGCGCUGUGCACGCUCACUUGAUGAAGCUCAAGACUGACCAAUGGGCACAUGAUGAGGAAUCGCUCGCCGCUGUAAACAACACAGAGCUCUGGCCUUCAUGGAAGAACUACGCUGCUGUGAAGUUCGGCAAGAAGGAGAGGGUCGAUUGCAAGAACGGUCUCGCUGUCGUUGAGCAGGGCAAUGCCAACCAGACCUUCCGUUGCAACAACAUCGACCUUUACGACUUCGCUAACCACGCUGAUAUCGGUGGUCCCGAGGGCCGCGGAUCCUCUUCGUGGGGUUGGACUGCCAAGAACGGACGUGAGUUCGGUAUCAUUGGCCAGUUCAGUGGUGCUGCCUUCAUUGAGGUCACCAAGAAGGGCAAGAUUGAGUACCUGGGACGCCUGCCUGCUCAGGACCCCAUUGGUUCUCGAUGGCGCGAGAUCCGAGUCCUGAACGACUUCGUUAUCAUCGGAUCUGAGGCCGUCAACCACAACGUCCAGAUCUUCGAUCUCAACAAGCUGUUGACCCUCGACCCCAAGAACCCCAAGGUGUUUGACACCCAGAAGGAUCUCACUGGUCUCUUCACCGACACUCUCCCCAUCGGUCGCACCCACAACGUUGUCAUCGACUGGGACAAUGAGUAUGCCAUUGCUGUUGGCGCUCAGCCCCGUAACCAGACCUGCGGCGCCGGUCUGCAGUACAUCGAUCUCAAGGAUCCCUCCAAGCCUACUACCCCUGGUUGUGCUAGCCAGGACGGUUACGUCCACGACGCUCAGUGCGUUACCUACAACGGCCCUGAUCGUCGCUACCGCGGCCGCAACAUCUGCGUUGGCUACAACGAGGACACAGUCACAAUCUACGACUCCACAUCCAAGAACGGCAAGCCCGCUUCUGAGGUUCUGUCCAAGCUCACCUACCCUGGUGCUUCUUACGUCCACCAGGGCUGGUGGACUGAGCGCAACUGGCACCAGCACAUCUUGUUCAACGACGAGUUGGAUGAGCAGAACAAGGCCGGCGUUGCUGCUUCCGGCCGCCCCGUCACCCAUAUCGCUGAUCUCUCGGACCUCAAGAACCCCAAAUACACCGGUUUCUUCUAUGCUACCGACAAGAAGGGUAUUGACCACAACCUCUACGUCGUCGACGGCCUCGUCUACCAGUCCAACUACGGCAACGGUCUCUGGGUUCACGACAUCCGCUCCGUCAAGAAGGACCCCACCGGCAAGGGCGUCACAGUCGAGGCUUUCUUUGACAUCUACCCCGAGGAUGACGCUGGUGAGGGUACCGUUACAUUCGUCGGCACAUGGAGCCACUUCCUGUUCCCCUCCGGUUUCAUCCUCGUCAACACCAUUGAGCGUGGUGUAUUCAUUGUCAAGAUUGACAAGGGCCGUGGCGGUGGCAAGGGCCCCGGCUUCGGCGGCAAGAGCAAGGGCGGCAAGAGGGACGCGCUGUACUAAACUCAUCUCGGAAACGAGAAAGAUGUAAUGUCUUAUGAUGAGCAACGUUAAAAUAAUACCAUUGACGACUACACAUUGGUCGCGUGCCACAUGAUUUAAUGCCGACCUUCAUUGGGAAAUACUAUUGUGCCCCGUGAAAUCACAUUGUUCCAAGCUAGUCCCGCGCACGAAGGCUUGCAACGAAUGCGCUAAUACAC